GACAAAGCAUGUAUUCAAACACCACCAAUUAACUAAAAUGGAAGUAUCAGCGUCGGCUUUAGCGUUCAUAUGAACUUCGACCCACAGCUAAUGCGGGUUUUUAUUCAAGAAGGAUGGAAUUACGAUAAAAAGAAACUGAUUUGGGGAAAAAAUGGAACUACACAAGGAUGGGAACAGGAUAACGUAAUGGAAGUGAACCCGUCAAUGACAAUGUUUGCGAUCUUAUUUGAAGCAGUACUUGGACCAUCAAGUUUAGGAGUAAUUGCUGUUGAUGACAUCAACAUAUAUCCGGAUAACACAUCAUUGAAAGAUGACAGAAAAUCGAAUUCCAUCAUUAUUACCGCAACAGUGGUGCCUUUGGUUGUCAUUUUUGCAAUUGCCAUAAUUUUAGUCAUAUUCAGAAAGCCAUGGAUGAACAAGCCAAAAGAUGGUCCAAGAACUACGUCCACAAAAAAUUUCGACUCUGACGCUUACGCAAAUUAUGAGGAAGAUGUAUUUAAGAAUGCUUAUACCCCACCUUUGUAGACAUGAAGAUGUAAAAGCUGAAAGAGCAAAUUGUACCAUUUAUUAAGUAUUUAACUAUAUAGGUCUAAAUAUUAUCUAGGUGUUAUCCACGUUUUUCUCCACACUGUUGUACGGUGCAGAGGCCUGGCCUGUCUACAAAGCUGCAGCACGUAAACUUAACACCUACAUGAUGCGGCACUUGCGUCAAAUCCUAAAUGUUAAAUGGUGGGAUUUUGUCCCAAACAAGGAUAUCCUCGACCAGGCUAAUCUACCAAGUAUGUAUGAACUCUUAAUCCAAAGAAACCUGAGAUGGGCUGGUCAUGUCAACAGAUUGGAUAAUAACAGACUACCUAAACAAAUACUCUAUUCACAACUGAAGAACGGCUCCCGCAGCAUUGGUAGACCAAGACUAAGAUUUAAGGAUACUGUUAAGAGAAAUUUGAAGGAUAAGAAGAUACCCGUUGGUAGCUGGCAGUUUUACAGCAGACACAAAAGCAGAUGGAGAUCAAUGGUUCACCGGUCGUCUUCAUCGGACUCGAUGGACAGCUUAUAAUAAUAAUAAUAAUAAUUACCUAAUGUCAGUAUCUACUGUAUUAUAUUCAAAACAUGUGAAAGAGUAAGAGGUACUGUAAUGUACUCCUAUUUUAUUAACAUGAAUGUACAAUUGGUGAAGGAAGCAAAGUGUAAAAUAACCUUAGAAGAUAGAUAUUUUCAACACAAAUUGCUAUGUUUGGUGAGUAUGGCGUAGCAGUACGAGGAAUAUGCAAAAGUCAGUAUAUAAAUUCAUAGAACGUGUUACUGACCAGUAGCAAUGUUGUAGUAAAAUACGUAAUUUUAUGAUCUUUAUAAUGCUGAGAUGCACAGUAGAGGGAGAAAACUACCGUACUUCAUAUUAUAUGGUCCAAGAAUGUUUCUGUUUUUUUUGGGGGGGGGGGGGGUGGGGUGGGGAGGAUGGCGUUCUAUUUACUUUUAUACGGAAAUUUGUUUAAAAUAAGAAAUUGAUUAAUUGAAUUCAAUUUAAGAAUGAAAAAUAUAACUUUAGCUUUAUAAAACAUUAAUCUCGAAAUAGAAUGAAUAUAUAUGUAAUGUUUGAGGUCAAUGUUGUUGCUCACAUUGUGAGAAAAUAGAACUUCAUUGAACUUGCAAUUGACAUUUUUAUAAUUAUAUAAUCAUGACUUAUUUGAACUUUAUGCAUGUAACUUUUGUUUUGUAAAAUGAAGGUAAAGGUAUGAUAAAUUCUGACAUUACCUAAAUGCAACGUUCAAAACUCAUGUAAAUGUUAUGAUAAGGUCUUGUAUUUGCUGGAUAAUUUCCCGAACUUUUGGAUUGAUUGUUAAAUUUACCUUUUUAGUACUGUAUUUUAAUAUUGCAACCAAAAAAGCAAUUUAUGUAUAGGCAUUGCAAAUAUAUAUAGCAUCAAUAAAAAUAUAAAUAAGUCCUAAUUUUAUGGUUUUGAUUGACGUACCAUUUACAAUUUCUAUGGGAUCUAAAUAAUAGUCUAUAAUAAUAAAAUUAUUAUAAAAUUUCAAUAAAAGUAUAAUUUAUUUUCUAGGCCUAUAAACCAACAGUUUAUUAUCUAAUUAUCCAUGGCCCAAGGUCUUAUUGUAGAAAAUAUGCGUUUUGUCGUUGCAUUAAAUAUCAGGAAAUUACUCAAAACCAUGUUUAUCAUGAAUCCAGGAGUGCUGUAGGACACCUUUACUCCCCAAUAGGUUUGAAAUUUUAAAUUUCAAUGAAUGAACCCUCAUUUUAAAAAUUACAUAUGGCCUGCUCAUGAAUCUGAAAAUACCAAUAACUACAUUUUAAUUUUUGCUACAACUUAGCCAUUUAGCUACAACAUGCUUCAUGUACUGGAUGCUUAGAAAAACUAAAUAAACUGAAUAGACUAGGAAUGUGAGACAUUAUAGAGGUGGAUUCAGCAUUUUGUAUCAGGUGCCUCAUGAAAUAAAGUAGUCGUGUUUAUGCGCUUUCCUGCA